AGAUCUUGGAACAAAGAAGUCCUGCAGAAGUUGAAAUGAAAAAGAUGCUGACCAUGAACCCACAGAAUGAUGUGAAGAUAGACAGAAUGAAUGAAGUGGCUCUAGCACAAUUAGUUAAAGAUUGCCCUGUGGCAGUCACGGAGAGUGCCCAAGCCCCUGUGGCUAAGAAAAGAGGCAGGAAAAAGAAGAUACUGGACCCAGAAACGGCUGUGAUCGUUCCUAAGAAAAAGCCCAAGUUGCCCACAAAGGCUAAAGUUCCACCUAAAAAAACGACUAAGAAGGUAGCAAAAACAAAGACGCCGAAAGUUGCAGCUCCAAAGCGAAAGGCUUCCAAAAAAAUUCAACCAUCCAUAAGUCCGCCUCCAAAAAGACGAAGAGGCAGGCCGCUGAAGCGAGGUAAGCCUGCGGACGAGGACUCCACCAUAACCUCCCCUUCUAUCCUGUACUACAGUCAAGCAGAAGUCAAAACACCUGUCAAGGACACACAGAAAACGGUCGCUAAAUCCCCUGUAGUCCCCAACACCACAGAAAACAACGAGUCCAGAAGAACGUCUAUCACAAGUGCACCAGCGUCGGAAUUGUCUUGGACCAAAGACAUAUCCGGAUGCAGUACCACAACUUGCAUCACCGUCACCUCCAACGACUUCGUGCGUAUAGACGGAAAACUGCCCGAACUAAAAUUAACCAAGCUAAAGAAAAACAAAUUAGAAGAACCCCUCACCGCGAAGAGAGAACCAGAGCAUUCCCUUUCAGAAGACAGCAGCAGCAGCAGCAGCAGCAGUUCCUCUAGUUCGUCUUCUAGUUCCUCCCAAAGCGAUAAAACUGCGAUGGAAAACGACUUAAACUUAAGCACAUCUUCAAUUACUGCUCCUCCGUACAGCCCGAUUUAUACGCCACGCAAUCAAAGCCUCGAUAAAACCAAGCAGGACGAAGUCACUUCAAUACUAGAAAUGCUUGCACCCAAAUUGAAAUCCCUCGACUUGGACUUUCCUGACAUCGCAGUCGAGGACGAAGAUUGCGACAUGAGUCGCUUCGAAGAGAAGGUUUCUAAGUAUUUAGAGGAGGAGUACGGUACCAUAUUAGAGUGUAAUUUACUAAACCGAAUUUUAUCGGAGAGUUAUCUGCCAAAUAAUACUGCUGUCGAAAUGGAACAGAAACAUAGCCAAAAACCAGACUUCGCUAUGUCUAACCAUACUGCGAUCUCCGAUAAAAGUGCUUGUGAUAAUUUUAAUGACACACCAAGCAAUAUUACGCGGCGACGGGAGACUUACGAUUCUGACAUUUCUGAUGAUGACGUGCUGCAAAUUUACGCCACGGACAACGACCUUGAAUCUACUAGAAUGGGUAGCUCGGCUUCCAUCAUCGAGGAGUACGUGCCCAAACCCCUUAUCCAGAGGCCCCACACCGAUGUGUGCUACCAACCGUCAAAAAUAGACGAGCCAGAAACCGUUAGUGCGAAAAAACCCGUAUGCGAGAAACAAAACGCUGAUUCAACUUCCAUACACAAGGAACCAGAACUCGAUGAUGGUUCGAACGAAACGCCUGAGACAGUAAAUGGAACUGGCCUGGGUCAGAAACCCAUAAAUAAGUCGACGGCAGAAAAUAAAAGACCACCGCUGACUAUCUCAUAUUACCCGUUCCGUUCUCGCGCUAGAAGCGCAGCACUAAGUGGAGUCUGCUUCUUAAAUCUGUCUUCAAAGUGUAACAGACAAAAUCUGUUUCACCUAACUCAUUUACCUCACCGUUUCAUUGAAGAAGACGAGUUCAGGAUGCGAAUUGCCCAACUUAGCGAAAACCUGUUCAUCCAAGAGUAUAAUCAUAUUGCAAGGUGGGAAAUAUUGAGAAAGAAAUACGUCAAAUGCUUCUUAGAUGAAUGCCAAAGACGAGAAUUGCCUAAAAUCCUAGUCGAAAUAGUUAUAGAUUUUCUCUAUAGAACCCCUCCAAAUAUAGUAGAUGAAGAUCUCAGAGUUCAAGUAAUUGAACACGCUUUGAUACACCUUAACAAUUGGAACUUGACAGUUUGUGAACAGUUGCUCGAAUAUAAUAUUGGAGAUGAAGUCCUGUGUGAUUUGUUCAUGAAAAUAAUAUCAAAUACACAAAAUUUUGCACGGUUCAAGAAUGUGUUCGUAAAUCUGACAAAUUUCAUGGUUCGUGCGAAUCGGACGUUUGGUUUUGGUGUGGCAUUCCAUAUCUUGGAGAGAGUGUGCAUUCUGCCUUUUGACGCCUCAUUGGCUAUGAGUCUGAUAUCGAUUUUAGGUAAGACUGAUAGGGAAAUCUUCAAGAACAGUAUGACGAAAAUGUUCGAAUUGUUGUUGGAGACUAAUAACAAGGAGUUAUAUAAGAGGUAUUUGUCAAUCAAGAGGGAGGCUGUAUCAAGUGUGGAGUUGAAGCCAGCCAGUGAGCCUGGUACGCCAUUGCCGCCCGCAUUGCCAUCCCCAUGUGGCAGUCGGGAGCUGGAACCGCUGAUUUUCCACCCGAAUAGCUCACAGGACUUUGAGCAGAGAUACACCUCUCCGGACACUACGAAUGUGGAUAAUGUGAACAAACUCGUCACGGAGCCAACUAUAAUACGGACUUUUAAUCACCUGGAUAGAAGGCCGAACAUAGGCAUGCCGAGGCCGCAGGCCCCGCGGCUG